CUGCCAAAAGCCAAGUCAACUGCGUAAGCUGGCCUUCGCGUCCAAAUCCUGCAAUGAUCAACUAACUGGGUCGAAUGAACAAACAGAUGCCGGCUAUGUCAUGCACGAAAAGUGAAAUGCACUGGAGGCCAUCCGUGCGAGACAUGCCGUCAAAUAGGCAAGGCCGAUGAAUGCACCUUCCCCCAGCGUUCACGCCUCGUCAAGGUGACUCAAAGGUGAGGACUCUCAUCAAGUACCUCGCACUGAAAUGGAACACGCAUCUCACCACCGCCAACAGUUACAUCGACAAGAUCCUCGAGGAAAACAAAAGGCUGAAGCACCAGCUCACGCCUCCAGAGACAGGCGGUACCCUCGGCGCCACAGAAGAUGACAAUGACCAACCGCCCAGCACAAUUGCUGGCCAACAGAGCCUGGAGACGGUCGUCGACCCAGCGAGGACAGACACCAUGGAUGUGCGCCCGUGGUUCAUCAACACCAGCGUCACGGACACGCCCAUCUUGAUGGCCGCGGUGGCCGAUGCUGCCUUUGCAACGCGCUUUCGGCAGGUCAUCUCCGACGCUCAGAUGCCUCAGUACAAGCACCUUCCACGCGUCAACUACGCCCCAGAUCGCCAGCUCAUAGCGCUGGGUGAUGCUGACAUCAAGUGGCCUGGUCCUUCACGCAGCCGCUUUCUCGUCGAUGUCGCACUUAAACCCCUGAGUCGUUCCUAUCACAUUGUCCGUCGUAGCAUCGUCCUGGACAACGUCGAGAGGAGCAUCCAAGACCCGUCCUGGGGCGACUCCUUCCAGAGGGGCAAGCUGUGGGCGCUGUUUGCCGUUGGCGAGCUCUACUCAGCGAGGUCGGCCUCCGACAAGGUCUUUCCAGGUAUGGCAUACUUUGCAAAAGCCCUCCGGGUCAUAGGCCGCUCCCACGAACGGCCCAACGUGGAGGCAAUCGAGACUCGCCUCAUCUUGGCCUUCUUUUCGCUUGCCCUGAAUCGCCGGUACAGCGCCUACUGGAUCUCGGGCACCUCUAUGCGCAUGGCCAUCGUCAUAGGUCUGCAUCUACACAUUCCGCCCUCGCAGAUAGGAGACGCAGCCGUCUGCGAGCACAGGAAGCGAGUGUUCUGGUCCGCUUAUAUCAUUGACAGGAUGUGGGCGUCCAUGCUUGGCCACCCUCCUGCAGUGCAGGAUGAGGAUAUCGACGUUGGACUCCCGUCGGAUGUCGUCGUUGCCCCGGAACUCGCCGGUGACUUUGCCGACGCUGCGUACUACAUCGCCAGUCUGCGGCUUGCAAGCGUUGUCACGAGAACCAUCCGGUCGAUCUACGGGAGGAGGAAUACCGGCAAGACAUUCACCGCCAGGGUGCAGCAGGCUCUGACUGAUCUGCGUGUCUGGGUAGAGGAGCUACCCAGUCACCUUCAUGUUGACGCUCAGGGGUUUGCGGAUUCCGUCCCCAAGCCAGUUUCUCUCCAUCUAUCAUUCAACCAGUGCGCCAUAUUGACAACGCGGCCUGUCCUGCUUCACGUACUCCGCACGCACAUCGAAUCAUCGUCUGCUUCCGCCGCAAGCGACGCUCGACUGCCCGCCAGUGCCGUCACCUUGGCUGAGACGUGCAUCCGCUGCGCGCGGCAUUCCAUUCGCCUCCUCACCGAAGCAUGGGUUGACGGCACCUUUGCCACCUUUGACUUCUUCUACACGCAGUACCUCUUCUCGGCGCUCCUCGUUCUCGCCGUCUCCAGCCUGCUGGGCACAAAGGAAAGUGCCUGCGAUCGGGAUGCCUUUGAGGACGCAGCUCGCUUCCUGGAGCAGCUCAAGGAGGCAGGCAACUUUGCAGCGCACGAGUUUUGGCAUCACGUGGACGCGACCAAGGCCGUGCUCGAUGCCAUGCACAACAAGCGCAGCGCAAAGGAGACAGGCCACUCCCUCUCUCAGACGGUAGGGGCAGACAUCGGCGAAGGGGCUACUAGUCAGGCCAGCAUGGCACCAGCGCCCUACUUUGCUUCCGAGGCCGCGCCCACAACGGCCGGCAUGGCAUUAACCGAGCCCUCGUUGCAGCAGCUCCUCGCUCAGCCGUCGCUGGAUCUGCAGUUCCUGGAGGGGUCUGUGUAUGAUCAGUACUCGCAGGGGCUGUAUUGGCCUGAUCUGACGUCCGACUGCUGGGCAUCGGACGGGUGGCCUACGUCGUAAUCAGCCACAACUGGCAACGCAAGCAAGCAAGCUGCACACGCACCCGUCUGCUUAUCUUGCUUCUUCAUGCAAGUGACACCUGCCAACGUCGCGUGCGACGCCGGCCGGCGAAACACCCCGCUCUCGCUCGGGUUACCCCAAAGUAGCAGGAACCUGACACUGACCUCAUCGCCCCCAUGAUAAGCCGGGGGACUGGAGCCCACGAUGCUGGAUUGCAACGACGACGACGCAUCUGCCAAGGACCGACAAGUGCUAGAUAAGCCACGGCUACGCAGUUCCGCUCACAUGACCACCCCUGUAAACGGUCGCUGCCAAGCUUUGUGGAAGAAGGGUGGGAAGCACAAAACGUGGGGAAGAUGGGGUGUGAUCGGCUCGCGCAGUUGCGCUAGGAGAGAAGAAGCAACAGCCCACGGCGGAUCACGGACAUGACCAACGAAACUGUUGCACAACAUUCAGCUGGCCUCAUCAUUCCGAACAAUCAAUUUGGAUUGUUUAGGA